GGCGCCGCCAGCCUGGGGAGGCGGAACGGGCGUUGUCGUCCAAGUUUGCCAUGGCUGAGGCGUCCCGGUGGCACCUAGGCGGAACUCCGAAACAUAAGCUGCAUUACAGAAAGGAAGUAGAAAUGAGAACCACACUUCAGGAGUUCUUACUCUACCUUAUUUUUUUAAUAAACUUAUGUAUAUUGACUUUUGGGAUGGUAAACCCACAUAUGUAUUACUUAAACAAAGUUAUGUCAUCUCUAUUUUUGGACACGUCUGUGCAUGGUGAAGAAAGAAUCAACUUUAAGUCUAUUCGCAGCAUAACUGACUUUUGGAAGUUUAUGGAAGGACCCCUUUUGGAAGGCCUGUACUGGGACUCAUGGUACAAUAACAAGAAUUUGUAUGACUUAAAGAACAGCAGUCGCAUCUACUAUGAGAACAUACUUUUAGGAGUCCCCAGAGUCCGUCAACUAAAAGUCCGCAACAACACGUGCAAGGUCCAUUCAUCCUUUCGGUCCUUGAUGAACGAAUGUUAUGACAAAUACACUUCUGAAAAUGAAGAUCUGUCUGAUUUUGGCCUUAAAUAUGAUACUGAAUGGAAGUACUCUGCUCCUAUUAUCAACUCCCCUUGGCAUUGGGGAUUUACUGGUGUUUACCGAAAUGGGGGAUAUAUUUUCACUUUACCAAAAUCAAAAUCUGAAACCCUAAACAAGUUCAUUAAUCUUCGAAUGAACAGCUGGAUCACAAGAAGCACUAGAGUUAUUUUUAUUGAUUUUUCAUUAUACAAUGCUAAUGUAAAUCUGUUUUGCAUCAUCAGAUUGGUGGCAGAAUUCCCUGCAACUGGAGGAAUACUUACUUCAUGGCAGUUUUACUCUGUGAAGCUCCUUAGAUAUGUUAGCUACUAUGAUUAUUUUAUUGCUUCCUGUGAAAUCACAUUUUGUAUUUUUCUUAUUGUCUUCACAACACAAGAAGUCCUAAAAAUAAAAGAAUUUAAAUCUGCCUAUUUCAAAAGUAGUUGGAACUGGCUAGAAUUACUACUUUUGGUGUUGUGUUUUGUGGCCGUUUUCUUCAACUCAUACUGUAAUAUACAAACUUUUCUCUUGCUUGGACAACUGUUAAAAAGUACUGAAAAAUAUUCAGACUUCUAUUUUCUUGCACACUGGCACAUUUAUUACAACAAUAUAAUUGCCAUAACCAUCUUCUUUGCAUGGAUAAAGAACAUGUUCUUGGCAAUAAUUAAUGAUACCUAUUCUGAAGUGAAAGCUGACUAUUCAAUAGGCAGAAGGCCAGAUUUUGAACUUGGUAAAAUGAUUAAAAAGAGUUACCACAAUGCUCUCGAAAAACUCAAACUAAAGAAACCUGAAACAGAUGAAGACAAGAAAAGGAAAAGCAGAGAUUUGGCUGAACAAGCCAGAAGAGAAGGCUUUGAUGAAAAAGAGAUUCAAAGUGCAGAGCAGAUGAAAAAAUGGAAAGAGAGGCUUGAGAAAAAGUAUUAUUCUACAGAAAUUCAAGAUGACUACCAGCCUGUCACUCAACAAGAAUUUCGAGACCUCUUUUUAUAUGCUGUGGAGCUGGAGAAAGAAUUACACUACGUCAGUUUAAAACUAAACCGAGUGAUGAGAAAGGUUUCAGCUCUACAAUAUUGAGGCAAGUGGAGUCAUUCUGUAAGAAAAAGGCAACUGAAGAAGAAUUCAAUGUGAAGAUUUUCCUCUCAAUUUUCUUGAGUAAUGAAAAACAAAAUAAUAAAGUUGGUAAUAACAAAAAGCUUCUAUCUCCAAAGUUCUUAAAGUUGAAAUGAUAAAAAUAUUAGUCUUCUACUAACACGAUGUAUCUGUAGUACAAAACAAUGAAGAAAAGUGGAUGUUUGCUAAAGGUAGAGGGGCAGUCUGUGGUUAACAUGGAACAUCACACUCCCUAGACAGGGUCUACUUACCCUCCCAUCAUUUCUCUAGUGGCACCACCAGCAAGUACAAAAUGAGACUCUGUGAGUGCCUGACAAAAUGAACUUAAGUACCAGCCAAGUACACAUGAUGAUAGCUUCAGGGAAUACAACUGAUUUUAUGAUGUUUUCAAGGACCAUAUUUUAUAUGGAUUUUGAAGAAUCUUGUUUGCUGAUAAGAACUUCAAGAAGCCUAAGCUUGGCUUUAAUUUUCUUGUACUCCCUGUACUCCUCAAGCACUGGAACACGAUCCUCUUUCUGGGCAUUCCUAGGGGAGAAAAUAAAACCUAGAGAUCAUCUGGAAAAUAAAGUCCCAGAAGUUGUCGUAAUGAGAGACAGAAUAUUACCCAAUACAAACUCAAAUAAAAAACUGUUCUG